AUGCCUCAGUCUAUUGUCUUUGACAAUGGACCGCAGUUUGAGACGCCUAAGCUCAGAGAGUGGCUGGCCGACCAGGACAUUGAAGCUCACUUUGCUGCCGUUGCUCAUCCUCAGGCAAAUGGGCAGGUAGAAGACUUCAACAAAAUCCUCUUAAGCAGCAUAAAAAAGAAGCUAGACAAUGCCAAGGGAUUAUGGGUAAAAGAGUUACAAUUGGUUCUUUGGUCAAUCAGAACGACGACCAAGAACUCAACUUGGGAAACUCCAUUUAUGCUCGUAUACGGUUCAGAAGCCGUCCUUCCCAUUGAAAUUGAAGAACCAACUCUGCGAUUCAUGCUUUAUUCAGAGGACGCCAAUUGA